CUCCCCGCGCCGCGGCAGAGCGCGGAGCCCGAGCGGGAGCCCGGGCGGGAGCCGGCGCGGGAGCGGGAGCGGGCGGCGGACGACAGCACGGGCGGCGGCAGCGGCCGGUCCCGGAGCGCGCGGAGUCCCCACCCGCGCCGCUCCGGCCCCUCUCGCGACGCGGGGCUCUGAGCAGCAUGCGUGGCCGCUGCCCGCCGGCCCCAGCCCUAGCCCUGGCCCCGGCCCCGCUGCGGAGCGCGCCCGGCCUCGACCCCGGCCCCAGCGGCAGAGGCGGCGGCGGCGGCUCCAGGCCGGCCGGGCGGGCAGAACGAGGCUGGUGGAGCCCACGUCGCACGUCCUGAGCGCGUCCGCCCCUCCGCCCGCCGGGGCUGCGGCCUCCGCCUUCCCACUUCUGGGCCCCGGCCCCGGGUCCAGGUCCGGGUCCGGUUUGGCUCCCGCCCGCGUGGGGUAGACAGACUGACCGCCAGCCCCGCGAGGGCGCGUGGACGGCCGGGCGGAGGUGUCGGAAGAGGAGGAGGAGACGGAGGAGGGGGCUGGGCAGGGGCUGGGGCCGGGCCGGCGGGAGAGACAUGCGAUUGGUGACCGAGCCGAGCGGACGGACGGCGCGCCCGAGAUGCAGUGUGUCCUUCCUUGGCAGUGGACGUGGGCAGCCCUCGGCAGACUUGCAAAAGCCCUCCAGCCCCCUUCCCAGCUCUGCCUCCCUCCUCACUCCAUCCUGUAGCAGACCUAGCCCCCGGAGUGCUGAGUGGCAGGUGAGCGAGAGGAUGCUGGCGGGGGGCGCAAGGAGCAUGCCCAGCCCCCUCCUGGCCUGCUGGCAGCCCAUCCUCCUGCUGGUGCUGGGCUCCGUGCUGUCAGGCUCGGCCACAGGCUGCCCGCCCCGCUGCGAGUGCUCGGCCCAGGACCGCGCUGUGCUCUGCCACCGCAAGCGCUUUGUGGCGGUGCCCGAGGGCAUCCCCACCGAGACCCGCCUGCUGGACCUGGGCAAGAACCGCAUCAAGACUCUCAACCAGGACGAGUUUGCCAGCUUCCCGCACCUGGAGGAGCUGGAGCUCAACGAGAACAUCGUGAGCGCCGUGGAGCCCGGCGCCUUCAACAACCUCUUCAACCUCCGGACGCUGGGGCUCCGCAGCAACCGCCUGAAGCUCAUCCCACUGGGCGUCUUCACCGGCCUCAGCAACCUGACCAAGCUGGACAUCAGCGAGAACAAAAUCGUCAUCCUGCUGGACUACAUGUUCCAGGACCUGUACAACCUCAAGUCGCUGGAGGUCGGCGACAACGACCUCGUCUACAUAUCCCACCGCGCCUUCAGCGGCCUCAACAGCCUGGAGCAGCUGACGCUGGAGAAAUGCAAUCUGACCUCCAUCCCCACCGAGGCGCUGUCCCACCUGCACGGUCUCAUCGUCCUGCGGCUCCGGCACCUCAACAUCAAUGCCAUCCGGGACUACUCCUUCAAGAGGCUGUACCGGCUCAAGGUCCUGGAGAUCUCCCACUGGCCCUACCUGGACACCAUGACCCCCAACUGCCUCUACGGUCUCAACCUGACGUCCCUGUCCAUCACACACUGCAACCUGACCGCAGUGCCCUACCUGGCUGUGCGCCACCUGGUCUAUCUCCGUUUCCUCAACCUCUCCUAUAACCCCAUCGGCACGAUCGAGGGCUCCAUGCUGCAUGAGCUGCUAAGGCUGCAGGAGAUCCAGCUGGUGGGCGGGCAGCUGGCCGUGGUGGAGCCCUAUGCCUUCCGCGGCCUCAACUACCUGCGCGUGCUCAACGUAUCCGGCAACCAGCUGACCACCCUGGAGGAGUCGGCCUUCCACUCGGUGGGCAACCUGGAGACACUCAUCCUGGACUCCAACCCUCUGGCCUGCGACUGCCGGCUCCUGUGGGUGUUCCGGCGCCGCUGGCGGCUCAACUUCAACCGGCAGCAGCCCACAUGUGCCACGCCCGAGUUCGUCCAGGGCAAGGAGUUCAAGGACUUCCCGGAUGUGCUCCUGCCCAACUACUUCACCUGCCGCCGCGCCCGCAUCCGGGACCGCAAGGCCCAGCAGGUGUUUGUGGAUGAGGGCCACACGGUGCAGUUUGUGUGCCGGGCGGAUGGCGACCCGCCACCUGCCAUCCUCUGGCUCUCGCCCCGCAAGCACCUGGUCUCGGCCAAGAGCAACGGGCGGCUCACGGUCUUCCCCGAUGGCACGCUGGAGGUGCGCUACGCCCAGGUACAGGACAACGGCACGUACCUGUGUAUCGCGGCCAACGCGGGUGGCAACGACUCCAUGCCCGCCCACCUGCAUGUACGCAGCUACUCGCCCGACUGGCCCCAUCAGCCCAACAAGACCUUCGCCUUCAUCUCCAACCAGCCGGGUGAGGGAGAGGCCAACAGCACCCGCGCCACCGUGCCUUUCCCCUUCGACAUCAAGACCCUCAUCAUUGCCACCACCAUGGGCUUCAUCUCCUUCCUGGGCGUUGUCCUCUUCUGCCUGGUGCUGCUAUUCCUCUGGAGCCGGGGCAAGGGCAACACGAAGCACAACAUCGAGAUAGAGUACGUGCCCCGGAAGUCAGACGCGGGCAUCAGCUCCGCCGACGCGCCCCGCAAGUUCAACAUGAAGAUGAUAUGAGGACAGGGCGGGGGGCAGGGACCCCCGGGCGCGCCGGGCAGGGAAGGGGCCUGGCCGCAGCCUGCCCACUCCCGUCCCUCCCACCUCCUCCGUGCCCCUCCACACACACUCCUUCUCCCUUCCACCCCCCACUGCCCCCGGCCAGCCCUCACCACCUGCCCUCUUUCUACCAGGACCUCAGAAGUCCAGGCCUGGGGACCCCACCUGCACAGGGGCUUGCGUUGACAGGCUGGAGUGGAGAGCCGACGAACCGACAGGCAGCAGAGUCAAUAAUUCAAUUUAAAAAAAAGUUACGAACUUCCUCUGUAACUUGGGUUUCAAUAGUUAUGGAUUUUUAUGAAAACUUGAAAUAAUAAAAAGAGAAAAAAACUAUUUCCUAUAGCUAGUCGGAAUGCAAACUUUUGACGUCCUGAUUGCUCCAGGGCCUUCUUCCAACUCAGUUUCUUGUUUUUCUCUUCCUCCUCCUCUUCCUCCUUUCUCUUCUCUUCCCCUGUGGGGAGGGAUCACUCAGGAAAACAGGAAAGGAGGUUCCGGCCCCACCCUCCCACCCCAUGCUGGGGCGCCAUCAGGAGCAGGCUGGGGAGCAGGUCUGGGCCCUGCUCUGGGCUGGCUGUUUGCAGGGAGUGAGUGGAGGGGACAGGGCUGCCCCAUGGGGUUGGGGGCCUGUCUGCCAGGCUGCCAGGCAGCACUACUGUGGGGAGGUGGGGGGGGGGUCUCAGCUUGGGUGUGGCUGGGACUCUGGACAGGGGCUGGGGUCCUCCUGGGUGAUAGCACAGUCAGUGGAGAGAGCCAGGAGCCAGAGGCUGGCCUGACACCUGGCCUUUGGCCCCAGCGCUGCUGCUCACUUGCUGUGUGGCCUCAAGCAGGUCACUGGCCUCCUCUGGGCUUCAGGGACCACAUCUGUACAAAUGGGAGCGUUCCCUGCCCUGCCUACCUCACAGGGCUGUUGUGAGGGACUGAUGAGAUGAUGUAUGUGAAACACUUUGUAACCUGUAAAG